GGGUGCAUUUUUUUGUAGGUCAAGUUUACAAAUAAUUUUUCAAGGAAGAAGGAGAGUGGAUCAAAACGUAGAUUUUCGAGAUUGAAUUCUGUUUUAGUGAGUCAGACAUUGUGGUUUGUUGGAAAAAGAAAGAACUUCCAGCAUUAUUAUCACUGUUUGAUCGUGUGAUUUGCGCGUUUUAAUUUUGAUUAUCGAUAAUUCAGCCAUCAAUGGAGGAUAUAGCAUUCUGUGAUUUUGAUGCAAUGAAAGUUGAAAAUUUCUCAUCAAGCAAAAGAGACUCACUGAAGAGGAUUUCUUUUUAUUCACACCCUAAAAGUUUUCUGAAAAACUUUAGACUUCCGAGUCGUUCUUUAUCCUUGUUUUAAUUUGUUCUUUCCCUUUGUUUACCUUUGACAGUUCUUUAUUUUUUGUGACACUCGAUAUUUAAAAUGAAGCUCUUGGAAAAUUCAAGAUUUGAACAAAUCAACAGUGCUCUUAAUAUGCAGCUAGAGACUUCCAGGAUAGAAGGAAGAAUUGAGAGUUACUCUUGCAAGAUGGCCGGGAAUGACAAGAAGCUUUUUAAGCUGAUCAGUCAGGAGGGGGGUGUGGGACCGCUGGACCUCCAGGCUCUAUCCCCUCCCCAAACAGUCCUGUCCCACAGCCCAACCAAGCCGUACAGUAAGAGUUUUGGUUCCGUGGAGAGUGAGGGGUAUCUGUGUGACACCAUUCCCACCAAAACACUGUUCUACCUGAUUUCUACCCUGAAUGCCUCCUUCAAUCCAGACUAUGACUUCAGCAAUGCCAAAAGUGAGGAGUUUAGCAAGGAGCCAAGCAUUGAAUGGGUUGUGAACACAGUAGACACAGAGCUGAACGCCGCUGCUGGAGAUUUGUUCGCUGGAUUGAAACAAACUUUAUGGGCAGCAAUUGACGAGGAAAUCAAUCUCCAGGAUUGUGAAAUCUACAGCUACAAUCCUGACCUGAUCUCAGACCCUUUUGGAGAAGAAGGCAGCAUUUGGUCAUUUAACUACUUUUUCUACAACAAGAAGCUGAAGAGAAUUGUUUUCUUCACCUGCAGGGCAUACAGUGUGUCCGCCCCUUAUAAUAGUGACUCCGGCAUCGGCCAGGACAGCGAGAUGUUUGAUUAUUCUGACAACAUGGAGUUUUCCCAGGAGUGAGUGUCCACUUUGUCCGGUGGUUUGUGUGGACCUCUCACUGGAAUAACGAUAAAGUGACAUACCUGCCCUGUUUUCUGAAACGUGAGAGUUGUCUGUCCUUGAGUACCAUUCUCAUCACAUUAAGGAGAUUCUGUUUGGUUAAUUUAGAUUUUAUUUACUCGCCAUGUAAUGUAGAAUUUUAUUGCCUCCCUGCAUUCGUCGGGAUGUUUUAUUGUAAAUUUAUCAACAUUUUAAUGUUCUGUCAUCAUUUCUGUAUUUUUAUUCUUUUUCUCAUUCUGUAUAUACCUUAACUCAAUCUUUUCCUUCCAACUUUAAGUACAUGUAAAUAAAAGUUUUUAUUUGAAGGAGUCUUGUGUAUAUACAAGUAAAUAACAGAUUUGUUUGUUGUUGUUGUUCAAAUUUAUGUAGAACUAUAGCUUUUAUACUCGAUUCUAUUUUUUCUAUUCUUAGCCUUUAUUAUUUUGUUUAGUUGUAGACAGUUUAUCAGUUGUUGUUAUUGUUGAUUUUUUUCAUGUACAUACUUCCUCUUCAGUACAGAAAUCCAACUUUUAGUAUUCUUGCUGACUGAAUGUAGAAAACCUAAAUGGUAUAAUUGUCUUUGAUGCUUAAGAUAAUUUGUAUGAAAAUGAAAGUACAUGUACAUUGUACAUGAACAGCUACUGUCACAUCAGAGUGAUUGUGAGCGAUACAAAAGCAGCAAGAGCAGAAUGACAGAGAAAAUAAAGACUGCAAUCUUCUGAAAAGUAACAAAAGAGCGGAAGUUGGGCUUGUGCAUGCCCUAAACAACUGGUAUUGUUACCAACUGUUUAAGAGGUGUGGACCCGGAGGAAUGUGGAUUAUUACUGGUGGAUUAUUUGUGAAGGUACCAGAUAUAAAACUUGAGAAGCGCACAGUGGGGACCUCAACCCUCAAGUAAAUUUUAAUGACAAGAGAAACUUCCAUGAUAGACAUGUAUUGUGAUAUGGACACAGUGGAAUGUUUCUAUGUUUAUCAAUGUCCACAUAGUGCUGGAUUGUGAAAUUGUGAUAGAAGAAUUGUAUGCAAAAUUUGUCAGGAAAAUAAUUCAAGCAAGGAGUGUUAUAGAGAAGAUACAAAAACCCACCUGUUUAACAGAUAACCAGGCUCUGAUAUAUGUAUCAGUAGUUUUCUACAUACUGAAGUUUAAAUUCAGCUAUUGUAAUGUUGGCUCUUGUUCUGAAAAGUGUUUGUACAGUUCACUUAACAUUUACACUAUGCAGCAUCAAUCAUUAAAUUGUUUUUAUUUCAAAGAA